UUUGCCUUCUCUUCUUUCCUGGCUCCCUCAGUCUUUGGUUAAGAUGGAAAUGUUGGAACUGCCGCAGCAGCAGCACCACCACCACCGCAAGAAAGUGAAUCUCACCAACCCAAGAUCGUCCUUCGCGUCGUUCCGAUCCGACCUCAAGGAGACGUUCUUGCCGGACGACCCGUUCCGCCAACUGAAGCACCAGUCGGGUUGCGCCGCCGCAUGCAGCCUGGCGAAGUACUUGGUACCCAUGCUAGAAUGGGCGCCGAGAUACACCCUCGCCAAGUUCCGGUCGGACCUCCUGGCCGGCAUCACCAUCGCCACCCUCGCCAUCCCGCAAGGCAUCAGUUACGCCCGUCUCGCCAACCUUCCUCCCGUCGUCGGCCUCUAUGUGAGCUUCGUGCCACCGCUGAUCUACGGCAUAUUCGGUAGCUCCAUGAACUUGGCGGUCGGAAACGUAGCGACAGUCUCGCUGUUACUGGCUUCGAUGAUCGGAAGUCAGGUUUCGGCCACCGAGAGCCCGGACCUAUACAUGAAUCUGUUCUUCACCGCAGCCUUCUUCACCGGGGUCUUUGAAGUGGCUCUGGGGAUCUUCAGGCUGGGGAUACUGGUGGACUUCUUAUCGCGUUCGACCAUCACCGGUUUCAUGGGGGGAACGGCGAUCAUAGUCAUCAUGCAGCAGCUCAAGGGAGUGCUUGGAUUGAAACACUUCACCACCAAGACUGAUGUCGUCUCAGUGUUGCACUUCGUUUUCUCCCACACAAGCGAGUGGAGAUGGGAGAGUGUGCUCGUUGGGGUAUGCUUUAUCGGCUUGUUGUUUCUGAGCAAGUAUGUGAAAGCAAAAGUUCCAAGAUUGUUUUGGGUGCCAGCUAUUGCUCCAUUGCUGGUGGUCGUAUUAGGAGGUGUUUUUGCUUAUCUUGUGCAUGGGGAGGAACAUGGAAUCCAUAUAGUUGGUCCCUUGAAGAAAGGGCUGAACCCUAUUUCCAUAACACAUUUGAAGUUUCACUCUAAAUACUUCAGUGUUCUUCUGAAAGCAGGCUUGGUGACUGGUUUCCUUGCACUAUCGGAAGGAAUAGCAGUCGGAAGGAGUCUGGCAAUGCUAAAAAAUGAACAAAUUGAUGGGAACAAAGAGAUGAUAGCCUUUGGGAUGAUGAACAUUGUUGGGUCUUGGUUUUCUUGCUAUCUGACAACUGGUCCUUUCUCCAAGUCAGCGGUCAACUUCGAUGCAGGAUGUAAGACUGCAAUGUCCAAUGUGAUCAUGUCGAUCUGCAUGAUGCUAGUUUUGUUGUUCUUAGCGCCUCUCUUCAAGUACACCCCGCUGGUGUCUUUAUCAGCAAUCAUCACUGUCGCCAUGAUUGGCUUGAUCGAGUAUGAAAAGGCUCAUCAUCUGUUCAAGGUGGACAAGUUUGACUUCGUCAUUUGCAUGGCUGCUUUCUUUGGCGUCAUAUUUUUCAGCAUGAUCAUUGGUCUUAUGGUUUCAGUGGGCUUGUCGGUGAUAAGAGCACUACUGUAUGUGGCAAGGCCAAAUACUUGCAAACUUGGGAACAUAGCAGGGACUGACAUGUAUCGUGACAUUGAGCAAUAUCCAGACUGUGUUGGCAUUCCCAACAUGCUCAUCUUAAAGAUGAGUUCACCUCUCUACUAUGCAAAUGCCAGCUAUUCCAGAGAGAGGAUCUUAAGAUGGAUAGAAACAGAAGAGAGCAUUGCCAACAAGAAUGGGGAGGAGUUGCAUUAUCUGAUUCUUGACAUGGGUGGAGUAACAACCAUCGAUAAUACUGGGAUUGGCAUGCUACAAGAGGUCUACAGGAACCUUGAGAGAAGACAGAUCAGGGUGGUGUUAGCAAAUCCCAGGCUGCAGGUUGCAGAGAAGUUGGUAUUGGCAAAGUACAUUGAACUGAUAGGAGAAGAGUGGGUCUUUCUUUCGGUGAAUGAGGCAGUCUCUGCAUGCCAUUUUUCCCUACAGGAAUCAAGGACCAUAGAUCCAUAAGGCUUCUUACUCAUAUCAAAAGGAUGAUUCUUAUGCAAAUAACACUAUCACUCUGUAUUGUGAUAAAACUAACACAUCAGGAUAGCCGUAAAAGUGUAUCACUGUAUGACAUUUCUCCAA